UGGUGGUUUCCGGCCAAAAGCUUCUGUUUCCGGAGGCCCAGCAGGGCCCAGGCGGAGCCAUGAGGGGCUGUGGGGCUGGGCCUGGGUGGCCCCAUCGGCCCCGCCUCUGUCUAUCUUUGGGAAUUUAUUUGUCACGGGCAUCGCUGGCCUGCAGUCCAUUGCCUGCCAGGGGCCCAGAGUUGCUCUGAGCACGCAAGGAUUCUCCUUCCAAUCCAUGCACCUCUCAAGCUGACCUCUGACUCCUGACCUCUGGCCCUAUCUGCCCUGCCCUGCUCUCUCUAAGGGGCUGAGAAGCCCUCAGAAGCUCUGCCGCUGUAAACGUGGGUCUCCAUGUCUGGCUCCCCGUGACAGCAAAGGCCUUGCUGGGGGCUUAAUCCUAAGCCCCAACCUGGCCCACCAUGGCACGGCGGUUGCAGGAUGAGCUGGCUGCCUUUUUCUUCGAGUAUGACACCCCCCGAAUGGUGCUGGUGCGCAACAAGAAGGUGGGCAUAGUCUUCCGGCUGAUCCAGCUUGUGGUUCUGGUCUACGUCAUUGGGUGGGUGUUUGUGUACGAGAAGGGCUACCAGACCUCAAGCAGCCUCAUCAGCAGUGUGUCUGUGAAGCUCAAGGGCCUGGCUAUGACCCAGCUCCAGGGCCUCGGCCCCCAGAUCUGGGAUGUGGCCGACUAUGUCUUCCCAGCACAGGGGGACAGCUCCUUUGUGGUCAUGACCAAUUUCAUCGUGACCCCCAAGCAGGCUCAAGACUACUGUGCAGAGCACCCCGAAGGGGGCACAUGUAAGGACAACAGUGGCUGCACACCUGGGAAGGCAGAGAGGAAGGCCCAAGGCAUCCGCACGGGCAAGUGUGUGGCCUUCAACAGCACUGUGCAGACAUGCGAGAUCUUUGGCUGGUGCCCUGUGGAGGUGGAUGACAACAUCCCGCGCCCUGCCCUUCUCCGAGAGGCCGAGAACUUCACCCUCUUCAUCAAGAACACCAUCAGCUUUCCACGCUUCAAGGUCACCAGGCGCAACCUAGUGGAGGAGGUGAAUGCCAGCUACAUGAAGACCUGCCUCUACCACAAGACGCUGCACCCUCUGUGCCCUGUCUUCAACCUCGGCUACAUAGUGCAGGCAUCUGGCCAGGAUUUCAGCAGCCUAUCUGAGGAGGGUGGGGCUGUUGGCAUCGCCAUUGACUGGGACUGUGACCUGGACUGGCAUGUACGACACUGCAAACCCAUCUACGAGUUCCACGGGCUAUAUGGGGAGAAAAAUCUGUCUCAAGGCUUCAACUUCAGGUUUGCCAGGCACUAUGUGGAAAAUGGGACCAACCAUCGUCACCUCUUCAAGGUGUUUGGGAUUCGCUUUGACAUCCUAGUGGAUGGCAAGGCUGGGAAGUUUGACAUCAUCCCCACAAUGACUACUAUCGGCUCUGGGAUUGGCAUCUUUGGGGUGGCCACCGUUCUCUGUGACCUGUUGUUGCUUCACAUCCUGCCCAAGAGGCACUACUACAAGCAGAAGAAGUUCAAGUAUGCUGAGGACAUGGGGCCAGGGGCGGGCGAGCAUGACCCCGCGGCUACCAGCUCCACCUUGGGCCUGCAGGAGAACAUGAGGACCUCCUGACCUUGAGGCCCUGGCUCCUGACUGGAUGCAGCACUAGGCUUUAGGCUGGGGCCCUGAUGGGUCCCAGCCAGGGCAGAAGGGUCUCCCAUGGAGUGUCCUACCCUUUUAGCCAAGCAGAUACCAUUUGCCAGCAGCUUAGGGUGGACACUAAGAUAGACCUGUGCAGCUUAGGGUUCUGGCUCCAACUCUGCACCCCCUGCCCCAAGAAAGCCCCACUCCAGUCUCAGCCACUCCUGGUCCAGAAGGCCUGGGGAUGGGCAGAGCCCUCACAUACUGGUACCCCAGCUUUGUGCUUAUCUUUUGAGGCCUUCAUUAUCCAUCCUUCUGCCUCAGUCUCUCUAGAUCUGUGUUCUCCAAUGUGGCAGUCACUAGCCAGAGGUGACUAAUUAAAUUAAAAUUCAAUAAAAUAAAAAAUUCAAUUCCUCAGGGGAACUACUCACAUUUCAACUGCUUGGUAGAUACAUGUGACCAGUGACUGCCAUGUUGGAUGGUGCAGGACAGUUCUGUCAUUGAUGGAAGUUCUUUUGAACAGGUCUGCUCCAGCCCUGUUCCUGCCUGGCCUCAGAUUUCCCUGGGGAGCAUUUUAGCAAUGCAGGUUCCAGGGUCCACCCCAGACUUCCUGAACCAGAAGCUCCCAGGUUGGCCACAUGAUCUGUGUGAAUAGCAAACACCAAGGCCAUUUUGAGACCUACAUUUAAGAACUGCUGCCUAGCACUUUUUGACUCCAAGCUCUUGACUGGAUGUCAGAGUAAGGCCUGGGUCUGCCCCACCUGGCAGGUGUGGGUAGUGAACAGGGUUUUAGACACCCUCAGCAAGUGUGUAGUGUGUUCACGUGCCACACAGUGAUUCAUGCACACACCCCCGUGUGCAUGCCCACCUAUCUACAUGAACACGGACCUCAUAUAUAUACCACCCACAUGCACACAGCCCUGUGUUUGAACAGCUUGGGCCCUGCAAACACAACCAUCUGACACACCUACACCCUCAAGUAGAGACACAUGGUCCAUGCUGUGUCACCUCUGUGGGGAAAUGCAUCUUCCAUAGCGUGUCAGUCUAGGACAGCCCUUCUAGCCACAAAUCCAGUUACCUCGGGCUGGAAUGGGAGCUUGAGCCGAAUCCUGGGCUCUUUGCCCAUGGCCUAGUCCCAGCUCUCAAGACCUCCCUGGCUCUGUCAGAACACAGGGUCUGGAGUACAAUAAAAGGAACGACGAUAAGUUUCUUUGCUUCCUUUCCAGACCUCUCUGAAACUCAGUGUGCCCAUCUGUGAGAUGCAGGGCUGUGCUGAGCAAUCACUGAGCCCCCACCUGCUAGUGGGUGUCUGUGAGCUGACUCAGAUGCCCCAAGGCCAGCAGGGUCAGCCCUGGGGGUCAGCUCACAUCUGCCCAUGGGCCACUAUCCCGGCAUAGCCCCAAACCCUGACAUUCUUCCUAAUCCAUUACAAGCUUCUCCCUGGUGCGGGGACAAGUAGAGAACCCCAGGAAUGGCCUCAUGAAAUCAGGGUGAAGAAGGGGCUGGCUGUCCUAGGGAAUCCUAAAGAGGGAGGAAGGGCCUUGACUGUAGACAAUGUGGAAGGACCUCCAGGGGCCCUGCUUGCGUGCGACCUUCAGGUCUGGACUCACAGCCAGGAAAAGUCUCUGAGCAUCCACACCAUCUCACCAUGUCUAGACCCUGAGGUUCAGUGGAACUUCCUACAGUGAUGGACACGUUCUAUCAUAGUAUGCCCACUGUGGUAGCCACUGGCCACAGGUAGCCACUGAACACCU